AUGACAGAACUGAAAGCCAGACCAUCCAUGGUCAUUGCGUCCAGCGAAUCCUCAGCUGGGACUAUGGGUGUGCCUCCGCCGUGCACGCCUUCUGGCCUCUCUACAGCCACGGAACACGAGUGUCCAGAGAAGCAUUCAGGACGGGCUCUGCUAGAUGCGGAUGAUACUAGUCCCUUGCUGCCACAGAACUGGUCAAACAAGCGCAAAUGGAUGAUUGUGGUCGUCUUGUCGUUGAUGUCUCUGAUGGUCAACAUGUCGCUCGUCAUCUGUGCGCCUGCAAGUUCAUCCAUUGCUCAGGACUUUGGCAACAAUGACAGCUUUCUUUCUGUCAUCUACAUCACGGUACCGAAUCUCGGCGAGGUCAUCUCACCGCUCUAUAUCGGUCCACUGUCCGAACGGCUUGGGCGCAUGCCAGUGUGUCACUUCUUUAACGCCUUAUUCCUGAUCUUUACCAUGGCCGCUGGCUUUAGUACCAGUCUCCCCAUGGUCAUUGUGUUCCGGUUCCUCGCUGGCUCAUCCAUCGCCUCCAUUUGCCUGAACCCGGCCGUCACGGGCGAUCUAUUUUCGAUCAAGAAGCGUGGCUCUGCCAUGUCUCUCACGAGUAUGAUCCCCAUCCUAGGCAGUGCCGUGGGCCCCAUAGCAGGAGGAUACAUUACGCAAUACCUCAGCUGGAGGUGGACGUUCUGGCUGAUGGCCAUCACCACUGGUGGAGUCUCAAUCCUCAUGGCACUUGUUCUGAAGGAGUCGUACGUACCAGCAAUCCGCAGGAAAGCGCUACGGAAGGCCAGAUCCGACGAGGAAAGGGUAAGCUCAACGUCGAAGUACCUCACAGGAUGGAACAUGGCCACCGUCAAGGCGCUGGCUCUCCUUGUGAUCCGCCCCUUUGCCAUUUUAAGCAGCUCCCGGAUUGCAGUGCUUAUGGGCCUAUAUCUGGCCAUCCUAUUCGCCUACAUUUCGCUUGUCGCCGCUACCCUUGCCACCAUCUUCCAGGAAGUCUACGGCUUCUCUGAGAGUCAAUCCGGUCUCGUCUACAUUGCGCUGACGACCGGCACACUGAGUGGUGCUCUAAUGUGCAACUUCACCCUCGACUACUUCCUACAGCGGGGCCUGCCGUUCACUAAGCCCGUCGUCGAUGAUGGCACUGCCACCGUGCCCCGUCCGGAGAACCGUCUCAUCCCCAUCAUCCCGGCGAUGCUCGCCUUCCCUAUCGGCCUGCUCCUCUACGGGUGGUCUCUCCAACAGCGCUUCCACUGGAUCGUGCCCACAGUUGCGACGGUCCUCUGCGGCUUUUCACUAUCCAGCAGCACCACCCCAAUCAUGAACUACUUAGUUGACAUCUUUGGCGACCGUGCCGCCUCUGCUGUUGCGGCUGUGCUGCCUCUGCGCUACAUCGCGGGAGCCUUUUUGCCUGUCGCCGCGCCGUACAUGUAUUCCACUCUCGGCUACGGUUGGGGAAAUUCGUUACUGGCGUUUGUGCUAUGUGCCGUGGCUCCUAUACCCUUGCUAGUGAUAGUUCAGCCGCAGCGGAUGAGGGCGUUGACUGCGGUGCGGUCGUAA